ACCUAAAACGAUUAACUUGUAAUUGAUUCAUCAUCUUAAAUUUCUAAGUGGGAGAGAGGUGUUGAUUCUCCCUUCAUUAAUCUCCACCCACGUCGUGCAGAGAUGAGCUUGUGUGAGGUAUCCCUAUUAAGGGGAUAAAGGUAUUGGGCAAAUCACCCAUCACGUGUCAUCAACCGACUCAGCCAGAAAGGGAGGACAGAGUGAAAUUUAUUUUUAGCCUCUUUUGAGAGAGUGUGUACUCCCCCAUGCCAAAUCAAAUCGCCGGCGAUAAAAGAUAAUCUCACCCCUAGUGACACAUUGCCAUUUGAUGCUUACAUGUACACAUGCACUGGAAAUCUUAAUACAUAUAUUGUAGGCCUUUCAAGAUCAACCUUUCAUAGAUCAUCCCAACUCACUUGAAGAGCAGGACAUGUGUGUAUGAUCAUAUGUUUUUUAUGUCAAAAGGAGGGUUUUGUUGACCCAUACCAGGAUCUCAGUGCGACUCGUUGGAUUAUUAUCAAGGAUUACCUAAGAACAACUGACGUCAAAUGCUGAUGGUGCUGAUGCUGAUGGAACAAGUUUUCAUGAGUCAAAUUACAACUCGUAUUCGCCAAGUUGUUGUGCAAUGAUAAGAAAUUAAUAAACAACGGAUCGAAGCUCCUCUUACAAAGUUACAUGUUGAUGUGCUACUUGCAAAACUACUGGUAUGUGUGGAACCAUUUGUGCAUGACGGUCACAAAGUUCAUGUUUUGAAAUUUAACAUUGUGCGUGACUUAUUUGAUCAAUUGGAUUGAACUUGGAAUCAACCAAGAUGGCUCUGAAAGGAACGAAAGCAUUGCAGUCAUGGUGCGUCAAGGUCACGGCUGGAUACCCCAACGUCAAGGUUGAGAACAUGACAAAGUCGUGGAAGGAUGGACUUGCCUUCUGCGCCGUCAUACACCACUUCAGACCAGAGUUAAUAGACUUCAAUUCCCUUUCAAAGAAAAAUAUCAGAGAGAAUUGCACGUUGGCCUUUGAGGUAGCGGAGCGGGAGCUUGGUAUACCAGCCUUACUUGAUCCUGAAGACAUGGUGUCCAUGGCAUCACCAGAUAAACUGAGCAUCCUCACCUAUCUAUCACAGUACUACAACUUCUUCAAGAACAAGGAAUCUGGUGGCCCGCCUCCUUUGCCCUCCAUCCAUGAAUCCGAUCCUUCAGGUAAAGAUGUUGAGGUCUCUGACAAGGGCAAGGAGAUCCGCAGGAGGAGCUUCAAGAAGGCUAAAGAUAAGGAGAACAAAGCCGCCCAAAGUGGACCCCUUCCGGCCAAGAUCUCCCUGAAGAGCGACAAGUGUGAGAUCUGUAGCAAGAGAGUCUACCUGGUGGAGAGACAGGUGGUGGAUGGUCGACUCUUCCACCGCAACUGCUUCAGGUGUACCAAGUGCAGGAGUACGUUGCGCCCGGACUCCUAUAAGCUCACCAAGGAUCCCAAGAAGUUUGAAUGUAUGUGCCACAGUGAUAAUGGAGAUAUAUGGAACUUACGCAUGAACCCGACCAGUCGGGCUGGUGCCAGACUGGCCGGAGUGGAUGAGGAAGGAGGAACGAUAUGGCAGAACCGGACAGCCAAGGCUUCUCCAAAGAGGCCGAAUCAGCCACCUCCACAGCUACCCCCCAAGUCGACCACUCCUGCAGAACCCGUCAUGGGGAAUUCAAAGCCUAGUAUGCCGCAAGCACCAGAAAGAACCAAGCCACCGUUUCCUGGUGCUGUUUCAAUGCAUCCCCACUUGAUGAAGUCCGCAGCCAGGGCAAGGUUUAAUGCAUCGGGUAGUCCAGUUGGUAGUCCACAGCUUGAACGACACCCCUUCAACGGGUCUGUCACCUCCCUGGCCACCCAGAAAGAUGCAGACAUGGCAGCGUCACAGGAGGCCCUCAACAAGAGUCCUGCAGAAUCACCUGCCAGACCUGUACCUCUUCCUAGGGUUAUAACAAAACCAAAAGAGAACGGUCAGGUACCCACUGGAAAAGGAACCCAAGAAAGUUCCACAGGGUUAUCAACAACAGAGAGCAGUAGUGAGGACUCCAAGGCAAGAGAGAAUAGAGAAUCAAGCUUGUUCUCAACGGAUGAUGAAUCCAAGUCGUCUUCCGAUGUCAGGAGUCUCAAGGAGGGCGAUUCCUUGGGAUUCGAGAGUAGUGAUCUAGACAAUAUUAGUGGCACUUUUAACAAGACUUUUAGGGAUACAGAUGAUACAACAUCAGCAGAGGAGACAACGGCUAAGGUCGACGUUUCAACUGCUGAAGAAAUCAAAGAGGUGGGUGGAGAUGCUGGUAUAGAGAAAUCACCAACAUCAGAAGAACCUGUGGAAGUCGGUGUUGAUCAGAAUGAGGAUAUAAGUGUAGCUAACAAGGAAAAAGACAAGGAGGAAGAAACAUUGAACACCGUCAAUCAGACUAUCACCAAAGACCAAGAGAAAACUGAUUUAGAGAUUGGCACCAAUGAUGUAACAAACAAAUCGGUGGAGGAAGGAAGUACUGGUGAUAGUGCAUUGUGGGAUACCAAGGCAGAGUUAUCUGACUCAUUUCAAGAUGAGAACAGUGAAGCAAAAAAGACAGAAGAUGUUAGUGUUGAAACAAAUGAUAAGACCGUUGAAAAGGAAAGUAAGGUACCAACUCAGCCCGCCACACUUGAGAUAGAUGAGAGAACAGAAAGAGAUAAAGACUCAGAAAAUAAGUUGAAAGAAAAUGUGAGUCAAGUGGAAGGCCCAUCAGGAAAGAAAACUACAGAUGAUAAUUAUGAUGAUUCCUUGAACCCAUUUGGAGAUGAGGAUGAAGAAGAGACGGAGGAAACUGGCAAGAGACAGUCAACAAAUCCAUUUGGGAGUGAUGAGGAUGAUGAUGGUUAUGACAACAACUUGAAUCCAUUCGGUGAGGAUGAGGAUGAAGGAAAUGAAAGUCACAUUAGCGAUGAGAGUGUCAAUCCUUUUACUGGGUCGCCUACUCGAGAAACUCCCUUCAGUUUGAGACUCAAAAGUGAUAAUAUAAGGGCCGCAUCCUUCUCACAUUCAAAGAGGCCAGAGAGACCACCCCCACCGACGAUCCUGAGCUCUGGUUCCUACUCUGUCAAGACUAGAUCGCAGAUCCUUGAUGAGCUGAAGAGGGACAGGGAAACACUGAAGAAGAAAAGGUCUGCACCUCCACGACCCCCUGGUGGUAGUCCAGGAGGCGUAACGGCUCCACCCAGAUCACGCAAGAGCUACAAAGCACCGCUGCCUCCCCAGGUUGUUCCUCCAAGAGCAGCCUCCGAUGGAGAGCUCCCUAAUCGACCUGCAAAGACCAAGGAUGGAGAGUCGACGCCAACACCGGUACCCCAACCCAGGACUGGACCAACAGCAAACGGCACAAAGAUCGAGCCAGUGCCGUCACCAAGGGUGAAAAAGCCUGAGCGACCCAAGUUUGCCCCGCCAUCCAGAGCACACUCACAAGGAAAGAGGAAAGCGCCCGCCCCUCCGGCCAUCAAGAGAGAGGUUGGUAAGGACCACAUCGAGACGUCCCUGAUCCAGCAGGAGCUGAUAAACAUUGAGAAGAGACAGAGGGAGCUAGAGGAGAGAGGUGUGGAACUGGAGACGAACCUCAGACAAGAUACAGAUGAUGAUGCUGCCCAUGAUGAUACUCUCCUUGCUGAAUGGUUUGAUGUGGUCAAUCAGAAGAACAAACUAGUUCGGAGAGAAGGAGAACUCAUCGCACAGGCCCAACAGCAGGAGCUAGAGCUCCAGCAUGCCGAGAUUGAGUUUGAGCUCCGGGUGAUCCUCCAAAAGCAGGAGCACGAGAGGAUCGAUGCCGACGCCACGAGGGAGGAGCAGCUCCUUGAGAUGCUGAUGGAGGUGGUCCAGAAGAGGAACCAGAUCGUUGAGAGGCUGGAAGAGGACAGGUUGAGGGAGGAGAUGGAGGAUAGAGAGAUAGAAGCAAUGAUCGGGACCGGAAGUGACAAGAAGAAAGAUAAGAAGCACAAGAAAAAGCACAAGCUGGGUCUCAUCAAGUGAAGACUGGUGGAUACCCCAUCUCUUCUCAUCUCACCUUGCUGUAGCCUUACAUUACCCACCAGAUGCAGUGUUAAAGAGAUUAUAACACUCUUGAAGAGGAUCACCAUUGAACUAUACUAUUGAAGAAGUUUACAGCCAUUGCAGACAUGUGCAUCCCCAAGAUUUUUUAAUGAACCAUAUUUACGUACUGCAAUAGAGCAAAAUGCAAGGAGCAAGUAGUUUGGAACUUGCAUUUAAUCCCUAAUAAUGACACAUUUCUGUCGUUGACAGUAAAAUUAUAAAGGGGUUCAUAUUUAUACAAAUGUUGGGUGAGUUGGUAUUUCUAAUAUGGAAUAUAAUGAUGCCUUAAUCUUGAAUUAGUAAUUAAAGAAAUAAAAUUUCAAAUGAGAGAACUAAUGUCAUAGCAAGCUAUGUUUGAGUUUUUUUAUAGAAUUUGAUGCGAUUGUUUGUAAACAACUCCAUCUUAUGCCGAAGGAAAAGUGACUUGUAUUAUUCCGCGAAGCGAAGCUACAUGUAUAUCAUAAUAACUGUAUAUUUAGCCCCAUGAAAAUGCAAGGUAUUAACCGAUACUGAUAUAUGUGUCUUAACUUUUGCUGCUAUUUCAAUAUAUAUGAGGAUUAUGUUUAUUUAGUAUUACGUAGGCAUCUUUCCUAUGUCGACUUAAAAAUGAGGAAGUUAUUCAAGAAUUUAGGUUGAUGAUCUUGUAUUUGUAAAGUGAGCUACAAGCCUUGUUGUCUAUGCUAUAGCAAGUAUCCUUUGAAAAGAGACAUGCACAAUUUCCCAAAUUAAUAUAUUAUAACGACCAAAUUGUGUUCAUGCAAUACGUUUGAGAAUUUGAUGAAAAAAGUGCAGACGAAGCAGUAUAAAUGCACUCAUUCUCGCAAUAUGAAUAUUUCAUGUGUAUGCGGUAUAUGUAAUAACAAGUUGAGUCUUUGCUAGUUAUUUAAAAGAUAAAUGAUUACCUGUGAAGUUGUCAUCGCUCUUUAAUUAAUAGAGUCUUAAUUCUUGUUCAUACAUCAUGUGUCACAGGCCUUUCGAUGAUGAAAAUGAUGCCUUUGUUUAAUAGCUUUAUCUUGUAUGUGCUUCCAUUGUUUUAUCCAUUGUUACGUGUCUUUUCAACAAGAGGUGUGUCCAUUCUGUUCUCCUAUCUGAAAUCAAUCGUUGAAAUGGGACAUUCGCUGCUCGUUUGUCACCUAUAUAUUAGAAAUGUUUCAUGAACUUUUAAUCUUGUAUACAUGUAUGUGCAGGGUUGCAUAUCUGCAGUUGAAUUCUGUUUCGUUUUAUGCAAGACUUUCUUGUCAGCUUUAGAAUUUAAUAUAAUAUUGAUGUAAAUGUACAAAGUGGAUGAUACUUGUAGUAAGAGCUGUAUAGAUAUUAAGAAUUUCUUUUAACUUGUUAAUACUAACCACUAUUGUACUCUGUAGACGUUAUGUAAGUGGUGACAUAUUUUAAAUGAUUAUAAGCCAGACCUUCUCUUUAAGUGACCAUUUAAUUACCAUCAACUCAUUUUUGUGAAAAAGGCGUCGAUUUUAUUCAAGUUUAUUCAAGUCAGUUGGGUUUCACCCAAUGUACCUACCUGGUACAUGACUGUACGUUGUGUUAUCACAAGAGGGAGCUACAUAUUUGAAGUAUUUUAAUUUUUUUUGUCAUACAUUAUAUUUCAUCAUGCCACAGCGUUUUAAUUCUGUCAGCAUCAUAGAAAAAAGGUCAUGCAUCUCAAGGCACAUAAGCUGUUUAUUAUAUUUAGACAGGAUUUACUUCUUCUCCCCUAUGAAAGUUUGUAUGAGGUGCAUAAGCUACAGAAAAGAUUUGUUUUUCUUUGAAGGCACUACUGAAACAACUGAAUGUAUAUCUAAACUAGAUUUGCUGCUUUUAGAGAAAAUCUUGUCCAACAAAGCAGGGUACGAGUGAGAUGGAGUGUGAUAGCAUCAUGCACUCGUGGUAACAAGGGAAGGCCUGUAUGGGACUAAAGAAGAAUAGCUGUUUUAAAAAAUUAUCAACAAUUUGUUUUCUUCUAGUGGCUGCUUUUAUUCAGUUUUCUUCUUCAAUUAUAAAACAAAUAAUUUGUUCUGCGUAUCUUGUAUUUCACUCAUACUCACCUCACCUCAAGUGCUCAUAGCACCCCAAAAUUUUCUUGGCGUUAGCGACAGGACUUCCUUCCAAGAGGUACCCAUUUUCUACACCUGAGUCGAGAGUGACAAAUGUUGAUUAGGUCUUGUCAAAAGACAAUAGUUUAAUGCCUUGCUGUGACUCGAACCAAUGACCUUUGACCGUUUGCUACUUUGUGGAAAACAUCUCAAUACUGGAAUCAGGAUAAUACACACUUUUUUAAAAUUCAAACAGUCCAGGGUAUAAUUGCCAAAUUGUGGUCAGGCAUUGCACAUCUGCAUAUUUUAUACGGUUAGGCCAAAGAUAUGUCACAGUAAUGCUGCAAUUGACAUAAUCUAAUUUCUUCUUUCAGUGCAAGAAGUUAUCACAACAUGAAGCUAUGUUUCAAAUGAGUGAAGUAGAUAACCUUGUUGUGUACCCCUUUCUUUGCCUUAUUGUCAAAUUGACUAUAUGUAUCUGUUUUUAAAAGAAAAAGAGAAAAGAAUGCAAUAACAUUUUCAUUAUACAUUUACAUUAUGAUUUUUAUAUAUUCUAAUCAUAAUUAUAUGCUUCAGUGGUAGAAAGCAUUUGUUCUGUGACUUAAAACAUUUUCUAUUUAUUAUCGUACAGGCAUAUGCUGUCAUAAAUUAUGAGUUGCCUUGUUUUCUUAUAUGCAUAGAAAGUUAAAUGACAUUUUACAAAUAUUUGUACAGCUUGCUUAGUGUUUUAUUUUAUUUCAAAGUUACCAAAAUACAGUGAACACAUUAAACGUGAUGUUGCCUUGUUUAUACAAUAGAUAAAUUGCCUCUGUCAAUUUUGAUGUCUUGUAUUUUAAACUUAUUAUAUAUUUGAGAUUCUUAGGUAUUUUAAAGCUUUGUCUUCAGUAGCUUUCAUGCUUUUUAAAAUAAUAUGUAUUUUAUUAUGGUUCCGUUUCAUUUUCUUUUUAUGCAUCUAUGCUGUGUAAUUCGUUUUUGUGUAAUUUUAGUCUUGAGGGUUUUAUGUGAUUAACGGAUGAAUGUGAAGAGUAAAGGCUAUUUAUUUCCAUCACAUUUUGACAAUGUUGUUUAUUAGGGCUAAUAUCUGUAAUACUAAAUAAAGGUAGUUAUCACUCGUCGUACAUUAGAUAUCAAAAUAACUCAUAAUUCAAAUAUUAUGAAACGAUUUGGGUUUACUAAACUUCCAUGGCAUAUUCUUAAUGCUAGUAAUCAUCUGUAUUUCUUAAUGCAUGCUUUUAAUAAAGCAUUAUAUCUUGCCCCGAUGGCAUUUCAUCUGUUUAAGGGUCAACAAAUUUCUGCCUAGUCUAAUGUAUUGUGCGAAUGCUGUAAGUAUGUAUUAUGAUUGUAUGAAUUUUAUACUCCCAAUCUAUCUGCAAUGGUAACUGAUUUCAUAUCUCUGUUUGUGUACAUGGCAAAUAUACUGGACUUCUAAUUAAAAGUUCGCAUAUAAAUAUAUAUAUAUAAAAGAUUAAA